UAAUAACACAUUAACGACCGCUGACGUAUUACUAUUUCUUCUUAUGGUUACUGCAAGCUUAAGAAAAUCAAUUAGCAAUGAUUCUGAAAAAAGGAAAUUUCCUGUAAUUAUUUCAAUUAAUAGUAAUGAAUAAUAUAAUGUAUAAUGUUUAAAAGGGAACUUGAAAUUCUUAUGUUUAUCUUUAAAAACUUGUAGCAUUUUAUCGCGAGAUCGGUGAAGUUGUCGGUUGCAAAUGUGUUAGAAAGGGUUAGUUGCGUCCAUAAUGUUUACAUAGUUGUUUCCACAGACAGGUGUAUAUUCAGUAAACGAUCAUUGUUCACGUAUGCCGGUCUUUUGUGUUACGUGUCUCCAGAGGUAGAUCGACGUUUGAUUGCGAUGUAAAAAUUGAACGAUACCCACGUAAAUACGUGCGUGCUGUAAUACGUAGGGACUUGAGAGGAAGACGCGGAAGACACGGAUGCCCUUGCAAAGUCAGCCGCGCGCACACGUGUGUACACGUACACCUUCCGUAGGCUGGAGGGGUUUAUCAGCAUUCAGCAUUGCUUUGCUGGCUCUGUUACACACUUUACUUCACUCUCGUAUUCGUUCGCGAUCGUAUAUUAGUGUUUAUUUACCUAGCUACAUACCUUUUCUCUAUCGAGCAACGAUAGAGUUUUGCGUCGGCGUUAAGAGAAGUCCGUGGCUUAGUGAAGCAAUCCAUCUUGUAAUUGAAAGUUUCAACUGUGUUAUUAUCCUGCUAUCUCUUCCAUGUUUUCACCAUGACGCCGUCCGAUUUUUACCACGAGAAAUUCAUUCUUCGUUUUGAACAUGCUUUUCGUGAACAAUUAUGGCUCGUUAGCUGUGUUUCGCGAAAAAAUAAUCGGUGACAUUGAGUUUUGCCUUCUCUACUGUGUUGUACCCUCUUGUACAUAAUAUUUUUAAAAAUUUUGUACGAACAGCAAAGGAUUUCGCCGAAAGAGAAUUUUACAAUACCACCAGAUUUUCGCAGAUAUCGCAUCGAUCACGAUAACGCGUUGAUAUCGUAUAUCUUGAUUGUGUGUGCGCCAGUCCAGUAUUGUCUCCAGACAGAUCCCGUGUCACUUUUACUCCGUUUAUAAUAUAUUUACCAUGGGAACCGAUGACUUGUUGCUGUAUUUUGCUAUAGCAGCCGGUAUUGUUGGUGGUGCUCUGUUGCUGCUCUUCGUUUUAGUGUUCGUACUGUUUGUCAAAGUGAAUCGAUUAUCGAAAGAUGGGUUCAAUCAUCCGAACAGACAGAACAUGAUAGCGGACUAUUGUUACACGAAUCCUACAAUUGUGCCAGGAGAAUUGCUAUCGCGUCGAGGAUUUUCGAUGUAUAGCGGUUCCGAAAACAUUGACGAUGAUUACAGAAUGAAGAGGGAUCAAUCUGGCACUUAUCUCGAGGCACGGUCAAAAUUUUGACAUAAAACCAUAAGUAUAAACAAUUCAUCGAGUGCGUGACUUUGGAAAAUACAAAAGAUGGAUUAAUUUGAUGUUAUUAAUUAAUUAUACUCUUGUAUCGAAUGUUAAGUACGAAUGUCUACGAAUGUUGACAGAGGUGUUGUUCUGUUACAUUUGAAUUUAAUUACCAUCUGCCAUAAAAUUCAUUUAUGUGUAUAUAUAUUUAACUAUAUAUAAUAUCUCUUUUGUUAUAAAAUGAUCAAAUUAGAGGUAGAAACGUAUUUUUUAUGAAGUAUGGAAUAGUUAAUGGGAAAUAAUACGAACGAUGUGUAAACGUAUAGAGUUAUCUAUAAAUUUUUUUAUCUAUAAAUGAUAACGUCUCGCUAAAAAUUCAGCUAUCUCGAAAUAGUACAUUCGAUUACCGAUAGAUUACGCUAUACGCAUUAGUCACUCAGGGAAUUUGCUCACGAUGAUAAGAAUUAAAAAUCAGAAUAGAUGUAAAUAUAAUCUAUCGCAAUGUAUCGCAUAAUUCAAUUUAAAUUAUUACUAGAAUUGUUUACAUUUCUCCACUAUUUCGCUUUCGUCUUUUUCUUCUUUCAGUCGUUUAUUUUUCGUUUCUAGUACGUAGUUAUUAGUGAUUGAAUUCCAAAGAUCCUUUACAUAAAAUAGCGUGUAUUAUGUUCGUAACGUGUAAUAAUCAUAAUAAACACUGUUGCGUUCCUUA